ACUGUCGUCGUAAAAUCACAGCUUGUUCAGCAUCGCCACAACAACACUGUUUUGCAGAAAAGGGGAUUUUGACGUCUGAUUUGGAACACAUUAACAGAUUUUCAAGACGAUUUAAGGAAAAACUUUAACUAGGCGACGAUCCUCUUGGUGCCCUUCUUUGAGGCAUUGGAAAACCUCCCUGGUCUUUGUGGUUGAAUCUGUGUUUGAAAUUCACUGCUCAACUGAGGGACCUUACAGAGAUGAGGUACGCUGGAAUUUUGGGACACCCACUCGGACAUGUCCUAUGUCUUCAUCAAUGACUCGUCUCAGACCUCCGUUCCCCUGCUCCAGGCCUGCAUCGACGGGGACCUGCUUUUCACCAAGCGGCUCCUGGAGACGGGCUGUGACCCCAACACACGGGACAACCGGGGCCGUACUGGCCUGCACCUAGCGGCCGCCAGGGGGAACGUGGACAUCUGUUGUUUCCUCCAUAAGUUUGGGGCGGACCUCCUGGCUACAGACUACCAGGGAAACACGGCGCUACACCUCUGUGGACACGUGGAUACUAUCCAGUUCCUGGUGUCCAACGGUCUCAAGAUAGACAUCUGUAACCACAACGGGUCUACUCCUCUGGUGCUGGCCAAGAGGCGCGGAGUGAACAAGGACGCUAUCCGCCUGCUGGAGGGCCUAGAGGAACAGGAGCUGAAAGGAUUCAACAGGGGAGCCCACUCCAAACUGGAGACCAUGCAAAUGGCUGAGAGCGAGAGUGCAAUGGAGAGCCACUCCCUGCUGAACCCCGACCUCCAGAACAGGGAGGGAGUCCUGUCCAGCUUCAGGACCACCUGGCAGGAGUUUGUUGAGGACCUGGGCUUCUGGAGGGUGCUGCUACUUCUGGUGGUCAUCGCCUUGCUCUCUCUGGGCAUCGCUUACUACGUCAGCGGGGUGCUGCCCUUCUCCGCCAGCCAGCUGGACCUGGUACACUGAGGGAGGAUGGACAGAGGGUGAAAGUUGGCUUGGGCUACAUUCUGGUUAUCCACCCUUGUCCAGAAGUGUGCACUUGCACACUCCCCUUUUUAUGGAUUUAAAAGCGUAGGAGUGGUGUAAGCGUUGGCUGGAUUCAACCUUUGUGAAAUGGUUACGAGAAAGUGUGCAAGUGCACACUUCGGGAGAAUGGGGACUCAGCCAUGGAUGCAUCUGCAGUCUGACGUAUGUGUGUUAUAUGAACCUUUUCUCACUGUGGCCAGUUAUGCAUGAGAAUGCACAUCAUUUCAUGUGUCAUUAAUUUGUAUGACUAAAUUGACCAAAUAUCGACCAGUGACGUGACCAUCUUCUUUCUGGAAUACUGAGCUUUUAAAGCAUAACUAUCAAAAAAAUAACAUAUUCAGUACCAGUCAAUAGUUUGGAAACACCUACCCAUUCAAAAGUUUAUAUAUAUUUUUAUUCAAGAUUGUGCAAAGCUGUCAAGACAAAGGGUGGCUUCUUGGAGAAUCUCAAAUAUAAAAUAUUUUGAUUUGUUUAACACUUUUUUGGUUACUACGUGAUUCCAUAUGUGUUAUUUCAUAGUUUGUCUUCACUAUUAUUCUACAAUGUAGAUUUUAAAAAAUAUAUAUUUUUAACAAACCUGGAAUGAGUAGGUGUGUCCAACCUUUUGACUGAUACUGCAUUUCUUACAUGCAGUUGCAUAACUUUUCCUGUCUAAUUUAGUUUUGACAGUAUUCAGCUCUAUAUGAAGAAACUGUUGUAUUAUGGACCUUUUUCCUAAUGUCACAACAUGUAUUUUUCUGUGUUGUGUGGAGUAACAAGCUGUAUAUUGCUAUAGUUUUUUUUGGUGCGUAAUUAUUUACUUUUAUUUUGUUUCUUCUCCUGUUUAUUGUUUUGAAAAGGGCCCAUUUGUUCAUUGAUUUACCCUACAGGGUCAAAUCCUCUUGCAAAGUCAAUAUUUUAGUUUUAUUUCCAUUCUUACCAUUUUAACUGAAGUCUGUUUCUCUCACACCAGUUGCAAAUUUCCCUAAUAAUGCUAAUCAGGCUAUAACUGUUGUGUGGAAACUUACAUGGAACAAACAUCUAACAGUGUGUAGAGUUA